GUGAAUCUCAGAACAGGAAGCGGAGGCAUAAGCAGAGAGGAUUCUGGAAAGGUCCCUUUGUUUUCAUGUCCACAGAGAAAGCAAGAAAAAAAAUUGAAUUCAAUUUGCAAAUCCCUGUGGCCCAAAUCUGAAGAACUGCAGGGGGUGGCACGUUCCAUUCUAAACCAUCUUGGAUGCUGGCCUUUGUUGAGCUGUGAUUCCUAAGGCUCUCCAUCAGAUUGUGGAGCAAGAGAGCUGAAGUCAAGCGCACCAGAGUUAGUCAGCAAUGAUGUAUCUGUCAAGGAUUCGUGGCAGAGUGACUUACUGGGUAAAAAACCACGAAUCCCUUCUAGGGAUAUUAUAAGAACAAAUGAGAUAAUUCCCAGAAGGGGCCUGGAGCUUUUCCAAACAGAGGCCUACGACUCUGAAAGGCAAUUCUUAUGCAAGAAGCUAAACGUAAUUAAAUGUGCAGGAUGAAAAGAUGGCCCAGGCACUGCUGGUACCCCCAGGACCUGAGAGCUUCCGCCUUUUCACGAGAGAAUCCCUUGCUGCUAUCGAAAAGCGUGCUGCAGAAGAGAAAGCCAAGAAACCCAAGAAAGAACAAGACAUUGAUGAUGAGAACAAGCCAAAGCCAAACAGUGACUUGGAAGCUGGGAAGAACCUUCCAUUUAUCUAUGGAGACAUUCCUCCAGAGAUGGUUUCAGAGCCCCUGGAGGACCUGGACCCCUACUAUAUCAGUAAAAAAACUUUUGUGGUGUUGAAUAAAGGGAAGGCAAUUUUUCGAUUCAGUGCCACCUCCGCCUUGUACAUUUUAACGCCGCUAAACCCUGUUAGGAAAAUUGCUAUUAAGAUUUUGGUACACUCUUUAUUCAGCAUGCUUAUCAUGUGCACUAUUUUGACCAACUGUGUAUUUAUGACGUUGAGUAAUCCUCCAGACUGGACAAAGAAUGUAGAGUAUACAUUCACUGGGAUCUAUACCUUUGAGUCCCUUAUAAAGAUUUUGGCAAGAGGGUUUUGCUUAGAAGAUUUCACAUUCCUUCGUGACCCAUGGAACUGGCUGGAUUUCAGUGUCAUCGUGAUGGCAUAUGUGACAGAGUUUGUGGACCUGGGCAAUGUCUCAGCGUUGAGAACGUUCAGAGUUCUCCGAGCACUGAAAACAAUUUCAGUCAUUCCAGGUUUGAAGACCAUUGUGGGGGCCCUGAUCCAGUCGGUGAAGAAGCUGUCCGAUGUCAUGAUCCUCACUGUGUUCUGUCUCAGUGUCUUUGCACUAAUUGGGCUGCAGCUCUUCAUGGGCAACCUGAGGAAUAAAUGUUUGCAGUGGCCCCCAAGCGAUUCUGCCUUUGAAACUAACACUACUUCUUAUUUCAAUGGCACAAUGGAUUCAAAUGGGACAUUUGUUAAUGUAACAGUGAGCACAUUCAACUGGAAGGAUUACAUCGCAGAUGACAGCCACUUUUAUGUUUUGGAUGGACAGAAAGACCCUUUGCUCUGUGGAAAUGGCUCUGACGCAGGACAAUGUCCGGAAGGAUACAUCUGUGUGAAAGCUGGAAGAAACCCCAACUAUGGCUACACAAGUUUUGACACAUUUAGCUGGGCCUUCUUAUCUCUGUUUCGACUCAUGACUCAAGAUUACUGGGAGAAUCUUUACCAGUUGACAUUACGUGCAGCUGGGAAGACCUAUAUGAUAUUUUUUGUCCUGGUGAUUUUCUUGGGCUCUUUUUAUUUGGUGAACUUGAUCCUGGCUGUGGUGGCCAUGGCCUAUGAGGAACAGAAUCAGGCCACCUUGGAGGAGGCUGAACAGAAAGAGGCGGAGUUUCAGCAGAUGUUGGAGCAGUUGAAGAAGCAGCAGGAGGAGGCCCAGGCAGUGGCUGCAGCCUCGGCGGCAUCCAGAGACUUCAGUGGCAUAGGAGGGUUAGGAGAACUGCUGGAGAGUUCUUCAGAAGCUUCCAAGUUAAGCUCCAAGAGUGCCAAGGAGUGGAGGAACCGGAGAAAGAAAAGGAGACAGAGGGAGCACUUGGAGGGAAACCACAGAACCGAAGGGGACAGGUUUCCCAAGUCAGAAUCCGAAGACAGUGUCAAGCGAAGAAGCUUCCUGUUCUCUCUGGAUGGGAACCGGCUGACUGGAGACAAGAAGCUGUGCUCUCCGCAUCAGUCUCUCUUGAGUAUCCGUGGCUCCCUGUUUUCCCCAAGACGAAAUAGCAAAACGAGCAUUUUCAGCUUCAGAGGCCGGGCGAAGGACGUGGGGUCUGAAAAUGACUUUGCGGAUGAUGAGCACAGCACCUUUGAAGAUAGCGAGAGCAGGAGAGACUCGCUGUUUGUGCCUCACAGACCUGGAGAGCGACGCAACAGUAACGUUAGUCAGGCCAGUAUGUCAUCCAGGAUGGUGCCAGGGCUUCCAGCAAAUGGGAAGAUGCACAGCACUGUGGAUUGCAAUGGUGUGGUUUCCUUGGUGGGUGGAUCAUCAGCUCUUACGUCACCUACUGGACAACUUCCGCCAGAGGGCACCACCACUGAAACGGAAGUCAGGAAGAGAAGGCUAAGUUCUUACCAGAUUUCAAUGGAAAUGCUGGAAGACUCCUCCGGAAGACAGAGAGCCAUGAGCAUAGCCAGCAUCCUGACCAACACCAUGGAGGAACUUGAAGAAUCUAGACAAAAGUGUCCACCAUGCUGGUAUAGAUUUGCCAAUGUGUUUUUGAUCUGGGACUGCUGUGAUGCAUGGCUAAAAGUGAAGCAUCUUGUGAAUUUAAUCGUGAUGGAUCCAUUUGUUGAUCUUGCCAUAACAAUUUGCAUUGUAUUAAAUACCCUAUUUAUGGCCAUGGAGCACUAUCCCAUGACUGAGCAGUUCAGCAGUGUGUUGACUGUGGGAAACCUGGUGUUCACUGGGAUCUUCACAGCCGAAAUGGUCCUAAAAAUCAUCGCCAUGGAUCCCUAUUACUAUUUCCAAGAGGGCUGGAACAUUUUUGAUGGAAUUAUUGUUAGCCUGAGUUUAAUGGAGCUUGGCCUGGCAAAUGUGGAGGGCCUGUCCGUGCUUCGUUCCUUCAGACUGCUGCGAGUCUUCAAGUUGGCAAAAUCCUGGCCCACGCUGAAUAUGCUCAUUAAAAUCAUUGGCAAUUCGGUGGGCGCACUGGGAAACCUGACCCUGGUGUUGGCCAUCAUCGUCUUCAUUUUUGCCGUGGUCGGCAUGCAGCUGUUUGGAAAGAGCUACAAGGAGUGUGUCUGCAAGAUCAACGAGGAUUGCAAACUCCCACGCUGGCACAUGAAUGACUUCUUUCACUCCUUCCUGAUUGUGUUCCGAGUGCUGUGCGGAGAGUGGAUAGAGACCAUGUGGGACUGCAUGGAGGUCGCCGGCCAGACCAUGUGCCUUAUUGUGUUCAUGCUGGUCAUGGUGAUUGGCAACCUUGUGGUUCUGAACCUAUUUCUGGCCUUACUGUUGAGUUCGUUUAGCUCAGACAACCUUGCUGCUACUGAUGAUGAUAACGAAAUGAACAACCUCCAGAUCGCAGUGGGCAGGAUGCAGAAGGGAAUUGAUUAUGUAAAAAACAAGAUUCGAGAGUGCUUCCGAAAAGCCUUUUUCAGAAAGCCCAAAGUCAUAGAAAUCCACGAAGUCAACAAAAUAGAUAGCUGCAUGUCCAACAACACAGGCAUUGAAAUAAGCAAAGAGCUUAAUUAUCUUAAAGAUGGUAAUGGAACCACCAGUGGUGUAGGUACUGGAAGCAGUGUUGAAAAAUAUGUAAUCGAUGAAAAUGACUACAUGUCAUUCAUCAACAAUCCUAGUCUCACUGUGACUGUGCCCAUUGCUGUGGGAGAGUCUGACUUUGAAAAUUUAAAUACGGAAGAGUUUAGCAGUGAGUCAGAACUAGAAGAAAGCAAAGAGAAAUUAAAUGCAACCAGUUCUUCUGAAGGAAGCACAGUUGACGUUGCUCCGCCCCGAGAAGGUGAACAAGCUGAAAUUGAACCUGAGGAAGACCUUAAACCAGAAGCUUGCUUUACUGAAGGGUGUAUUAAAAAAUUUCCCUUCUGCCAAGUAAGUACAGAAGAAGGCAAAGGGAAGAUCUGGUGGAAUCUGAGGAAGACCUGCUACAGCAUUGUGGAGCACAAUUGGUUUGAGACAUUCAUUGUCUUCAUGAUUCUUCUCAGCAGUGGUGCUUUGGCCUUUGAAGACAUAUAUAUCGAGCAGCGAAAGACCAUCAAGACCAUGCUGGAGUAUGCUGACAAGGUCUUCACUUACAUCUUCAUCCUGGAGAUGCUUCUCAAAUGGGUGGCCUAUGGGUUUCAAACCUAUUUCACCAAUGCCUGGUGCUGGCUGGACUUCUUGAUUGUUGAUGUUUCUUUGGUUAGCCUGGUAGCCACUGCUCUUGGUUACUCAGAACUUGGUGCCAUCAAAUCCCUACGGACCCUGAGAGCUCUGAGGCCUCUCCGAGCCUUGUCCCGAUUUGAAGGCAUGAGGGUGGUUGUGAACGCUCUUGUUGGCGCAAUCCCCUCCAUCAUGAAUGUACUACUGGUGUGUCUCAUCUUCUGGUUGAUCUUUAGUAUCAUGGGUGUGAAUCUGUUUGCUGGAAAAUUCUACCACUGUGUGAACAUGACCACAGGCAGCAUGUUUGAUAUGAGAGAAGUCAACAAUUUCAGUGAUUGUCAGGCUCUUGGCAAGCAAGCCCGGUGGAAAAACGUGAAAGUCAACUUUGACAAUGUUGGGGCAGGCUACUUGGCAUUGCUGCAAGUGGCCACAUUCAAAGGAUGGAUGGAUAUUAUGUAUGCAGCUGUUGAUUCACGGGAUGUCAAACUUCAGCCUGUAUAUGAAGAAAAUCUGUAUAUGUAUUUAUACUUUGUCAUCUUUAUCAUCUUUGGAUCAUUCUUCACUUUAAAUCUAUUCAUCGGUGUCAUCAUAGACAACUUCAACCAGCAAAAGAAAAAGUUUGGAGGUCAAGACAUCUUUAUGACAGAAGAACAGAAAAAAUAUUACAAUGCAAUGAAGAAACUUGGCUCCAAAAAACCCCAGAAGCCCAUCCCUCGGCCUUCAAACAAAUUUCAAGGGAUGGUCUUUGAUUUUGUAACCAGGCAAGUCUUUGACAUCAGCAUCAUGAUCCUCAUCUGCCUCAACAUGGUCACCAUGAUGGUGGAAACUGAUGACCAGAGCAAAUACAUGACCCUGGUCUUAUCCCGAAUCAACCUGGUGUUCAUAGUCCUGUUCACUGGGGAGUUUGUGCUGAAGCUCAUCUCUCUCAGAUACUACUAUUUCACUAUCGGUUGGAACAUCUUUGACUUUGUGGUGGUGAUUCUCUCAAUUGUAGGAAUGUUUCUCGCCGAGCUGAUAGAGAAGUACUUUGUGUCCCCUACCCUCUUCCGAGUCAUCCGCCUGGCCAGGAUCGGCCGAAUCCUACGCCUGAUCAAAGGCGCCAAGGGGAUCCGCACCUUGCUUUUUGCUCUGAUGAUGUCUCUCCCUGCUCUGUUCAACAUCGGCCUCCUGCUUUUCCUGGUCAUGUUCAUCUACGCCAUCUUUGGGAUGUCCAACUUUGCCUACGUUAAGAAGGAAGCUGGGAUUGAUGACAUGUUCAACUUUGAGACCUUCGGCAACAGCAUGAUCUGCCUGUUCCAAAUCACCACUUCCGCAGGCUGGGACGGGCUUCUGGCUCCAAUCCUCAACAGUGCCCCUCCCGACUGUGACCCCGAUGCAAUUCACCCCGGAAGCUCAGUGAAGGGCGACUGUGGGAACCCAUCCGUGGGGAUUUUCUUUUUUGUCAGCUACAUCAUCAUAUCCUUCCUGGUUGUGGUGAACAUGUACAUCGCCGUCAUCCUGGAGAACUUCAGCGUUGCCACUGAAGAAAGUGCAGAGCCCCUGAGUGAGGACGACUUUGAGAUGUUCUAUGAGGUCUGGGAGAAGUUCGACCCUGAUGCCACUCAGUUCAUAGAGUUCUGCAAGCUGUCGGACUUUGCGGCUGCCCUGGAUCCUCCCCUUCUCAUCGCAAAGCCAAACAAAGUCCAGCUCAUUGCCAUGGAUCUGCCCAUGGUGAGUGGAGACCGCAUCCACUGCCUGGACAUCUUAUUUGCUUUUACAAAGCGGGUCCUGGGUGAGAGUGGAGAGAUGGAUGCCCUUCGAAUCCAGAUGGAAGAUCGGUUUAUGGCUUCCAACCCCUCCAAAGUCUCUUAUGAACCCAUCACCACCACUUUGAAACGCAAACAAGAGGAGGUGUCCGCUGCUAUCAUUCAGCGCAACUACAGAUGUUAUCUUUUAAAGCAAAGGUUAAAAAACAUAUCAAGUAAAUAUGACAAAGAGACAAUCAAGGGGAGGAUUGACUUGCCUAUAAAAGGAGAUAUGGUUAUUGACAAAUUAAAUGGGAAUUCCACCCCAGAAAAGACAGACGGAAGUUCGUCUACCACCUCUCCUCCUUCCUAUGAUAGUGUGACAAAGCCAGAUAAGGAAAAGUUUGAGAAAGACAAACCAGAAAAAGAAAGCAAAGGGAAAGAGGUCAGAGAAAGUCAAAAGUAAAAAGAAACAAAGAAAUGUCUUUGUAAUCAAUUGUUUACAGCCUCUGAAGGUAAAAUGUAUGUACGUGUCAACUGGACUCCAAGGAGAGGUCCAUGCCAAACUGACUGUUUCAACAAAUACUGAAGGUCAGUGCCUAUACCAGACAGUGGCCUCUGUCACUGCCACUCUGUGAGACAGGGUAUCAACAUUGACAAGAGGUUGCUUCUCCCAUUACCAGCUGACACUGCUGAGGAGAACUCCAUUGUGAAAGUGACCACUAUAACACCACCAAACACCGCUAGUACAACACUCCCAUCCACUCUAUUUUUAACAUUCACAUUUGCCAUAUUUUUACAAAAUCUCUCCCAGUGGGUCUUCCUGGUCCCUGAUUCAUAGUCUGUUCAUAAUACUAUGUCACUAUUUUUGUAAGUGUGGUUUAUGUUAAGGGAAAAAAAAAAUAUAUAUAUAUAAGAAUCCUGUGUUCCGAAGUCCACAAGUGUCUCCAGUAAUCGUAAAAAAAUAUUUUGCCUGAGAGAUGAAAUUAUUGCUCAAAAUUAAAAGCAAAAAAGAUUCUAAUGCUUUCAGUUUCAAAUACUUCUGCUUUCUGGAUGGUAUUAACUUACAAGAAUUUUAAGUCUGUUAUGUUAUGAACAGUUAUGUGCCUGUAAAAGUCUCCACUAAUAUGUAAAGGAUUAUUUUUAUGCAAAAUAUUUUGUUUCAACAAGUACAAAUUUUAUUCUAAGUUUCAGAGUUCUAUAUUUAAGUUUGGUUAAAUGCCCCUCCCCCCAAAAAGUUAUUUAAUAUUUCUUUUCUAGAAAACAAAUCUAUCCAAAGUAUCACUUUAGAACAGUUGUUUCACUUCCUGUGGCAGGAUUUCUUUGCCAUCUUCUGCUCUCAGCAAAACUGACAGUUUGUGUCAAUUAAACACCCUCUGUUAUGUAAAUAGUUAUUUUAUCCUGUGGUGCAUGUUUGGGCAAAUAUAUAUAAACGUAUAUAUAGCCUAAUACACGACUUCUAUUAAAUCAAAUAUGUACCACAGUGUAUGUGUCUUUUGCAAACUUCCAACAGGGCAGUAUCCUGUACCAUUCAUCACACAGAAAUAGUUGGAAGGCUAUCACUAAUGCAUGUUAAUAUUGCCUAAGCUGCUCUAUUUUAAUCAAUCCAUUUAUCACAAGUUUUGGUAAGGAGAGUCACAUGUUGGUGGUAGAAUGAAUUCAAACUGCUCUCUGUCAACCUGUCAAGAAAAUCUCAUUGAGGUUAUUUUAAAACACCUUUAUUUUUGCAUUGUUAAAUCAACUUGAGUAUCACAAUGUGUCUUUAUUAACUUAAAUGAGACACACUUAUAGGGCCUAUCAUUAAAACAUAUACUUUAUAGUUUGCUAAAAAAAAGUCCAAAAUUUGUUUAAAUAUAAAUAAUGUAAAAUAUAAUCAGUUUUCUUUGUCAGCAUCUGUACAUAAGAAAAUUAUUUUCAAGUUGAUGACAUGGCUAUUUAUUUUACCUUAUCCUUUUUCUUUUUAUUUUUAAUCAAAAUUCCAAAUUUUUGAAUCCAAAAGACUUUUCAGCAGAUAAUUUCCUAAAAUAAAAGUUAGACAAUGGGUUUUGUGGAUUUCUUUGUUAUAAUAUAUUUUCUACCAUUCUGAUAAGAGAUAUGUUGGUCAAAAAUCUCAAACCCUCAUUUUCUAUCAACUCUGGUUGCCUGCAGAUAAUCCUCCACUCAUGGAAGUUUGUUUUUUUUAACUCAACUUUUGUAGUAUUUGCAUAUGCAGACUAGGCUUAUUUUUUUAAAAUCCUGCUGCACUAAAGCUAUCAUGGAUAUAACAUGGGCUCUGUCCUUUUUAGCCAGGAACAAAGUGGCAAAGUUGUGCAAUUACUUAACAUAAUUUUUUUUGCACAAACCAAAAGUCUGAUGUUCAUUCCUUUUACAAAACUAUUUACUGUAGUAUACUGAUGAACUGCAUGCAGGGAAUUGCUACUACUAAAAGAAUGGUGAGCUACUUCAUUAUUGAGCCAAAAGAAUAAAUACUUCAUUUUUUUACUGCAUCUCAUUUGUUGGACUGAGUUCUUUUUUUUUUAAUUUUUAUUUUUGGCAGGUAAAAAUUUACACAACUAAUGAAAACCUGUAUUUGAUUUGACGUUUGUACUCAUAAAAGUUCACAUGAGUUUUGUAACACCCUGUUACAUAAUCUACCCAGAAGUUUGUGAAAAUAAAGACUAGUUAAAAGCA